AUGUUGUCCAUUUUGAGAAAAGCCCGGCUAAAGGAUAAGGAGAUGCGAAUCCUGAUGCUAGGUCUGGAUAAUGCCGGGAAGACCACCAUCGUCAAGCAGAUUAUGAAUGAAGAUGUCACCACUGUCAGUCCGACAUUGGGUUUUAUCAUCAAGACGAUAGACUUCCAGGGAUAUAGACUCAACAUAUGGGACGUUGGAGGCCAAAAGACCCUCCGAUCUUAUUGGAAAAACUACUUUGAGAAGACUGAUACAUUAAUCUGGGUCGUUGAUGCGACCGACCGUCUUAGAGUGGAUGAUUGUAGAGAUGAGCUCGCCGGGCUCCUUUUGGAAGAGGUUCGUUGCCAUCCCCGCCGGCACCACUGCGCCCGCCCAAGAAGAGUUUUGCCAGUCCCGGGCUAA